AUAUACAAGGUUGAGUGGCCGGCCGGUGUGUUCAGUGAGGCCGGUGGGGGUGGUGGAGGGGCCUGAGAGGUGCCUAGGGUGCCGAGGGCCGUCCGCCAUUGUCAUGUUGGGGGGCUCAGUCGAGGCAGUCUGGAUCAGGAGGAGCGAGGGGAGCGACGUGUGCCGCGCCCCAGCCUGAGCGAGGAGAGGGACAACUUCAGUCACUUCCCGUCGCGGAGUCACAGUGUUCCGUGCUCGUGAGGAAUCAACGCAACACACAGAGCUACACAGAGCCACUGACAACACUAGGCAUAAGCACAACUGUAAAAAUAACAACACUUCGUACUUGAGUGUGGUUAACUAAUGAGAAAAUCCCCCAUUGAAAAGACAACGGCGUGGACCCUAAAGAACGGACACUGCAGGCCACCGCUGGGGACAUGACGGCCUCACGCGGGGACCUUAACGUGACUGUGGCCGCGAGUGGAGGGGCGCGAGGGGACACCUGAGGGGAAGCGCCCACACCUGGAACGGGAAAAGGCGCCGCCCGGACAGCUGGUCGGCGCGCCAACGGAUCGGAGCCCCGCCAUCGCCCUCGUAAGGGAAACCCAUGACCACCCUGCCCGUGAGGUCCCCAAGAUGGUCUGUGGACAUGUGUGGCUGCUUCUGUUGCUGCUGUGUGGGACUCUAUGCUCGGGCGCCGCUGCCUCUCCGGAUGGACUCGCUGCCGCUUCUGCCGCCGCCGCCGCUGCCGCGAGCCGCCAGCCCCGGUGGGUGACCACUGCCCCGCCGCCACACGCCGCGGCCACGCUGGACCCGCCGGCCUCGGCCGCCGCUCUCGAGCAGCUUCCUAGCGUCGCGGUCGCUGCCGCCACCGAUGCCGAGGAGACCAGCGUCACCAACAUCACGACGCAGCUGGGCACGUCUGUCUUCCUGCCGUGCAGGACUGACCUCGCCUCGGAGCGCCAGGUGUCGUGGGUGCGGCGGCGGGACUGGCACAUCCUGACGUCGGGCAUGCAGACGUACACGCGGGAGGAGCGUUUCGCCGUGCACCAUCCCGAGGGCAGCACCGAGUGGACGCUGGCCAUCAAAUACGUCCAGCUUGCCGACGCCGGCACCUACGAGUGUCAGGUGUCGUCAGGGGAGGGCCUGGAGUCCCACCUAGUGAACCUGGAGGUGGCAACACCGAGGGCAAUGAUCCCCGGCCGCGACACUCACCACGUGGAGGCGGGGUCGACCAUCUCACUCACCUGCCUCAUAGAACAGAGCCCCGAGGCGCCGCAGUACAUCUUCUGGUACCACGACUCCCGCAUGAUUAACUACGACCGCAGGCGGGGCGGCGUGGAGGUGCGGGUGGAGGCGGGGCCCACCGUCACCUCGCACCUCACCGUGAGCGGCGCGCGACCGCAGGACUCCGGCAACUACACGUGCGCCGCCGCCAACACGGAGGCCGCGUCCGUCUUCGUGUAUGUGACGGAAGACAACAAGAUCGCCGCCGUCCAGCCCCGGGCUCUGGGCGGCAGCGCCUCGCCGCCAGCAAGCCUGCUCCUGCUGGGCACCCUGCUACUGCUGCUGAUGCUGCCGCCCCCGCCGAUGGUUCCGCUGUUGCCCGCGCGCUGAGCAGCCCACACCCGCUGCCGCCCAGGCCUUCACGUCUUCCUGCACCCUGGGCCACAAAGCUCAGGUGCUGGCUGGCCCUGACCUGGUUUCUCGGAGCAGCGCGUCGCCUCGCCAAGGUCCUCACCACCCCGUCGCUGCCAAGGCCAGCCGCCACACCCACGAACACCGGACGACGUCGUGAGGACGACGAAUUCACGCGGCGGUGUCUUGUUAUGAUCCGCGUCAUCACACUCACAACCCUCACUACGAUUGUGCACUUCCAGACACUACUGUUUCCGCGCAUCACGAUCACUUAGUGACGGCCGAACCUUGUCCAUGGAACGUGGUGUUGCAUAGUGUAAACGAGACUGUGGGAAGCUCCCGCCGUAGCCCCACGGGGCAAGGCAUCGUGACGGCGUCCACGUGUGCCGCACCGUGCACGUCAUGCCGCCACGAGCCAAUGUUACGAGUGUGACGAGCCCUGUAGGUGUACACAGGCCUUCACUUAGUGACUAUUACUAACGAGGCGGCUGUCGCACACCGACAGACGCUGGCGGAUGACAGGACACACGAGGCUCAUAAACUUCACUGACUGGUAACAGGAUGAAGGCUGAGACACACGCAACAGGCCGGACUACUCUGCAGCACUGGCCGCAGCCUGCCUGGACCACGCUGACCCUGGAGCCGCAGCGUUCCCUCGGGCGGCAACGUUCAGCACCGCUGCGACUCAGUGGACGCAGAAGGCACUGCUGCAGGGUCUCCGCCAUCUCCAGCCACAAUACCGACACCUGUACAGUUUUGGCUCACAGAAACUAACUGUAUCGUGUACAUGAUGUUCACAAAUUAUAAAAAAAGGAUUUAC